AGCGCGCCGCCGCUAAAGCCCCGGCGCAUGCGCAGAACCGCCCUUUCCGCGGCGCGGUCGCUGCUGAGGAGACGCCCACCAUGCAGCUCUUCAUCCGUGCCCAGUCCCUCCACGCCAUCGAGGUCUCCGGCACCGAGACUGUCGCCCAAAUCAAGGCACGGGUGGCGGCGCUGCCGGGCGUCCCCCCCGCCGAGGACCAAGUGCUGCUGUUUGCCGGGACCCCCCUGGACGAUGGCACCGUGCUGGGACAGAGCCCCCUCCCCAAAUUUGCCACCCUGGAGGUCUCCACGCGCCUCCUGGGGGGGAAAGUCCACGGUUCUCUUGCCCGCGCCGGCAAAGUGAGGGGCCAGACCCCCAAGGUGGCCAAGCAGGAGAAGAAGAAGAAGAAGACGGGGCGAGCCAAGCGGCGCAUGCAGUACAACCGCCGCUUCGUUAACGUCGUCCCCGGCUUCGGCAAGAAGAAGGGGCCCAAUGCCAACUCCUGAGCGCCGGCCUCAGUAAACGGCAGCAGAAUUGGG